CCGAAUUCCCCAAACCCAAAGCACCCUUUGAUCUACCACCUUCUUUGCUUCCUUUCCUGAAUCUCUGCAACUUUUCUAGGGUUAGGGUUUUGUGAAAUGCUGUUAAGAAGAAUUCGCAGACAAGUCAAGCUUUAAUCUUUGUCUCGAUUACAAUGCAAUCCAGAGCUCAAAUUCUUGCUCCAGGCUUGAAUUUUCUGCCGAGCCUAAAACCCCCAAACAAAACCCUAGCUUUCCACCAAAUCUCGGCGCUGAUUCUAACUUUCCUCGCCUAUGCAUCCUUCCAUGCCUCUAGAAAACCUCCCAGCAUUGUCAAGAGCGUUCUCGGACCCAAGAUCAGCUCGAAUUCAUCCGCAAUCGAGUUCGAUUCGAGCUCGAGCGGAUCGAAUUUGAACUCGAUCGAUACCGGAUGGGCUCCUUUCAAUGGUCCCGAGGGAACCCACCGGCUGGGCGAGCUCGAUCUCGCCUUUCUCUCGGCGUAUUCUAUCGGAAUGUACUUUGCCGGCCAUGUUGGCGACCGGAUCAAUUUGAGGUCGUUUCUUGUGUUUGGAAUGAUGGGUAGUGGCAUUAUGACUAUAGUGUUUGGUCUAGGAUAUUGGUUUAGUGUUCAUGUUUUGUGGUUCUUUGUGGCUGUCCAAGUUGUUUGUGGGAUUUUUCAGUCCAUUGGGUGGCCUUGUGUGGUGGCGGUUGUCGGGAACUGGUUUGGGAAAUCGAAGAGGGGCUUGAUCAUGGGGGUGUGGAAUUCGCACACCUCGGUCGGUAACAUUAUCGGUUCUGUCGUGGCAUCAGGGGUGUUGGAAUUCGGGUGGGGGUGGUCCUUUCUGGUGCCUGGAGUUUUGGUGAUUUUGGUGGGGGUUUUGGUGUUUUUGUUCCUUGUUGUGAGUCCUGAUGAUUUUGGGUUUGAGCCUCCUGUUAAGGAGAUUGAAAUGGAUGUGGAAGUGGGAAAUGGUAAUGUGGGGAAUUCUGAGGAGAAAGUAGUGGAGUCGGAGGAAGCUGGGCUUCUUGAGACUCAGAAUAGUUCUGAUUCUUUUGAGGAUGAGAAUAAUUCUGAUGCUUUGGCUGCAAUUGGGUUCUUGGAGGCCUGGAGGCUACCCGGUGUGGUGCCAUUCGCUUUCUGUCUCUUCUUCUCCAAGUUGGUGGCUUACACUUUUCUUUACUGGUUGCCCUUCUAUAUAAGGCACACAGCUGUUGCGGGUGUGCAUUUGUCACACAAAACUGCGGGAAUCCUCUCGACGAUAUUCGAUAUAGGAGGAGUCUUUGGAGGGAUUUUGGCAGGGUUCAUCUCUGAUGUGAUUGAAGCCCGUGCCGUUACUUCAGUUGGAUUUUUGUUACUAUCAAUUCCAGCCCUUGUUUUUUACCGGGUUUAUGGAAGCCUCAAUAUGUUUGCCAAUAUAUUUUUGAUGUUCCUUUCUGGGUUGCUUGUGAAUGGCCCAUAUGCACUCAUUACCACAGCUGUUGCUGCUGAUCUUGGUACCCAAUCUAUGAUCAAAGGAAGCUCCCGCGCUUUAGCUACUGUGACAGCGAUCAUUGACGGUACUGGUUCUGUUGGGGCAGCUCUUGGGCCUCUUUUGGCUGGUUAUAUUUCCACUAGAGGAUGGAACGGUGUUUUUCUAAUGCUGAUUCUUUCGAUUUUCUUUGCAAGUUUGUUCUUGAUUCGAGUUGCUAGAACUGAGAUUAAAGGGAAGAUGAGCGAGGAGAAAUGGUUUUGGAAUAACGUAGGCACUCAUUGAUAGGAAUUUUUUAAGGCUUCAUGUAUACAUAUGAGCUUACUUGUAAUAAUGUAUCGUAUUCUUUUUGCACAUAUUGUCAGGCUUCAUAUACUAGUAAUAGAUUUUG